AUGGCAAGUUCAUGUCAUCAAGAACCCAAUAAAUUUAAGUUUCACCAUUCAUUUGGAGAUGGCUAUACUCUCAUGGGUUUCCUUCUCUCUACUUUGAGAAGAGCAGAUGACCCCUCUCUCCCUUUGACGUUUCCUUCACUCAAAUCAUCAAAAACAACACUUGUCCACCAAAGCUCUCUACAGAAACUCCCUAGCUUCGUCUCUUCUGUCUUCUAUACUGUCACGGAGUUUGCUAGUAGCUUACUCAGAGCUACUUUGGUUAAAGAUGACAUAACACCAAUCAGGUCAAGAAAUAAUAUAGGAAUCGAGUGUCGGCAAGCCGCCAUAUUCAACAUCACUUUUACACUCGAACAUAUCAAAGAAAUCAAGUCCAAGCUGGGUGUGACAGUAAAUGAUGUGAUUACUGGAAUAAUAUUCUACGGGAUUCGGUUGUACAUGCAAGACAUUGACUAUGAAUCGAGGACAAAAGAUUCCACCAUAAUGACAAAUCUCAGUACAAGGGACGCUGAAAGUUACAAGACAACCCAUGAUAUGCACAAGAGUAGGGGGAAGGGCAGUUUGGGAAUCCAAGUUAUGUUUUCGUAUUUACCAAUUCCCAAAUUAAAAGACACCCUGAUUUCUAACCCUCUUCGGUCUGUGUGGGAGGCGCAUCGUCAAAUGAACCAGAAGAAACGCUCUUUAUUAGCUGCUGUUCUCCUUAAUAAGCUUCAACAAAUUGGUGCAAAAGCCCUGAGGCAGUGGCUAAACUCUUCCAUAGGUCAAACAGAAAUUCAAGCUUAA